AUGUUUGAUUCGGUGAACAGCAACUCGACUGUUAGCGGGAACGUACCGCUCUACAACCACGGCCCCGUCCAGGUCUCGACAGCACCUGUUUGUGUCGAAUUCAAGGUCGCGAGGACGGCCAACUUCGCGGAGGUCGAGAGCAGCGGAAUGGCAUAUACGUCGUCCGAUAUCGAUUUCACGGUGAAGGUCGAGGCAAGCAAUCUCACCGCCUUCACACGGUACUACUACCAGUUCAACGUCUGCGGCAGCAACAACACCAGCCCGGUCGGACGCACGAAGACCGCUCCCGCGCCAACAGACUACGUGACGAAGCUGGCACUUGCCGUGUACUCCUGCUCCAACUACCCGUUUGGCUUCUUCAACGCCUACGGCAACCCCGCGAGGAAAGACAGCGUGGAUUAUGUGAUCCACCUUGGUGACUAUAUCUACGAGUACGCCGGCACCGGAGACUAUGGCUACGGCUACAGCAUCGGACGUGUGCCCGCGCCGUAUGGCCGGAUCAUCUACAGUCUCUACGACUAUCGUGCGCGACUGAGCGCUUACCGAGCGGAUGAGGACCUGCUGUUGUCCCAUGCUACCUACCCUUGGAUUCCGGUCUGGGAUGAUCAUGAGGUUGCUGAUAAUACGUACCGAGAUGGCAUGGCGUAUUUGAAUAAUACUGAGGAUUCUUUUGUUCAUGAUGGGGGUGUGUCUACGGAUCAGAGGAAGAUGAAUGCUGUGAGGGCUUACUUUGAGUGGAUGCCUAUUCGUCAGGUAGAGAUGAACGACAACUUGCGAAUCUGGCGGUCUUUCAAGCUCGGGUCGCUGCUCGACUUGAUCAUGCUUGACACCCGUCAGUACGACCGCUCUAUCACCGACCUCUACUGGAACACCGACUACAUCCACGAGAUCUCGGAUGAUGCUAGUCGGACCAUGAUGGGCUCUCGUCAGGAAAAUUGGUUUUACAACCAGCUAUCCACCUCCGCUGAUCGCGGCGCACGAUGGAGACUCAUCGGUUCGCAGACCGUCUUCUCUCGUGUCAACGAAUCAGUCGCAUACGGAAACGUCAACCCCCUCGACUACGACGCCUGGGACGGCUAUACCUCCAACCGCAACCGCACGCUGCAGCAUCUCACCGACAACAACAUCGGCAACAACAUCGUCAUCUCAGGCGACAGCCACGCCUCCUGGGUUUCCGACCUCGUCUGGAUAGACGAUGCCGACUACGACGUCGAGACAGGCAAAGGAGCUCUAGGAGCUGAGUUCGGUGGCUCCGCCGUUACGUCUCCUUGCCCAUACGGCCAGAACAUCAGCAUCAGCUCCGCAAAUAACUACUCCGACUGGCUCGAGAGCGCGAACCCGGAGUUACACUGGAACGAUCUCUACUAUCGCGGGUAUUUCGAGCUGCACUUUACCUACGAUGAAGUUGAGGCGAAGUACUUUGGCCUUCCCACAGUCGUCAACCGCAAUCCUUACGAAAUCUCGUUGGCCAACUUCACGGUGAAGAGCGGGGACAAUCAUCUCUCGAGGCCUAUUGCGGGUGGGACAGCUGAGGUCGGCAGUUUGAAGGGAGGGAGUGUGAUGCAGACGAAUGUGACAAAUAAUACUGAGACGGGGCAGUAUUUUAUCAGUCAUGCGAAGCAGGAGGAUCUGAAGUGA